CGGGGCCCUGCCAGUGUACAGUAGCAGGUUGCAGGCAGAGGAAGAAGCAGCAGUACAGAGCAGAGCAGUCCUCCAUGGGAUCCCCGAGGCGGAUUGAAAAGGCAGAUUGGCUGACGUGAUGACGUUACCGGGAGAAGCGGCUCUCCUGCGGGCUGACAGCUGAUGGAGAGGAGUCCCUGCUCCUCCUCUCACACACACGGCCGGGCUCGUAUGAGGAGGACACGGAGCCCUGAAAUGACACACUGAACUGGACAGAAACCUGACUCACAUCAACUGGAAGCACUGGGACACUGUGUUAAGUGGAAUGGAUGCAUCGCCUGUUGAUGAGUUUACAAGAUAACGCUUUUUUGUGUGUGGAUGUUUGUUGUUGAUCAGCUGACAUCACUCUGGAGUCUGUUACAGUGGAUUUCCGAAUAGUUCUCGGUACUGUCAUCUGUUGCCUUGUCAUUGAAACAUCACCAACAAGGCAGCUCACUGAUCAAACAUCACAAUGACUUGAAUGAGUGCCUUUUGUUGUGUAUGCAGCCCAUUUGGCUAAAUGACAUCUUCAAUCCAGCAUCGCUCAAGCCCACAGUUUUAGUGACCUCAUUUGUACUUUUGAGGAAGUGUUCACUGAUCACCUUUAAUCAGGAUUGCAAAUCACCGAGAUAGCCAGGGGGAAAGCGCAAGUACUAUGCACCGUUGUCGCUGUCUCACAACCGACACCAAACCAGUAACCUCAGCGGAGGAGAGGCGCUCAUAACGGUACCGACCCCUCCCAAGAACCCCCGACCUCCCUCUGGGUAUUUUUUUUUUAAUCCACGGGGGGUGUAGAGAGCUGCAGGGAUGUUCGCCGCCGUGGAGCAUGGCCCGGUCCUCUGCAGCGACUCCAACAUCCUGUGCCUGUCCUGGAAGGGCCGGGUGCCCAAGAGCGAGAAGGAGAAGCCGGUGUGCAGGAAGCGCUACUACGAGGAGGGCUGGCUCGCCACCGGGAACGGUCGAGGAGUUGUCGGGGUCACGUUCACGUCCAGCCACUGCAGACGAGACCGGCCCACCCCGCAGAGAGUCAACUUCAACCUCAGAGGACACAACAGUGAGGUGGUCUUGGUGCGGUGGAACGAGCCCUUCCAGAAACUGGCUACCUGUGAUACAGAUGGAGGGAUCUUUGUUUGGAUCCAGUACGAGGGCCGCUGGUCCGUGGAGCUGGUCAAUGACCGUGGAGCACAGGUGAGUGACUUCACCUGGUCGCAUGAUGGCACCCAGGCUCUCAUCUCCUACCGUGAUGGAUUUGUACUGGUGGGAUCUGUCAGCGGGCAGAGACACUGGUCCUCCGAGAUCAACCUGGAAAGCCAGAUUACCUGUGGUAUCUGGACCCCUGAUGACCAGCAGGUGUUGUUUGGUACUGCGGAUGGACAGGUGAUAGUGAUGGACUGCCAUGGGCGCAUGCUGGCCCACAUUCUGCUGCAUGAGUCGGAUGGCAUCGUCAGCAUGUCCUGGAACUAUCCCAGUUUCCUGGUGGAGGACAGCAGUGAGAGCGACACAGACUCUGACGACUACUCCCCACCGCAAGUGCACAGCCAGAAACCACUGCUGACUGUCAGCUUCACCUCUGGAGAUAUCAGCCUGAUGAACAACUACGACGACCUCUCUCCCACCCUCAUCCGCACCGGUCUGAAAGAUGUGGUGGUCCAGUGGUGCUCACAGGGGGACCUCCUUGCAGUAGCAGGGAUGGAGAGGACCCUCCUCUCCCCUGACCCCUCCUGUCCUCCCCCCACCAGGAACGCCAUUGUUAAGUUCUACAAUGUUCGGGGUGAACACAUCUACACACUGGACACACCAGCACAGCGCCCCAUCACUACGCUCUGUUGGGGUCACCGGGACUCUCGCCUGUUCUUGGCAUGUGGCCCGGCACUCUACGUGGUGCGAGUGGAGCACCGCGUUGCCAACCUGCAGUUACUCUGCCAGCAGGGCAUCGCCACAGCAGUGAAGGAGGAAAAAGACGUUGCCAAGCUCACCAUGCCUUCCCGCCUUUGCUCUUACGUCACUACUGCUUUUGUCCCCACCAUCAAGCCCCCCAUUCCUGAUCCCAACAACAUGCGUGAUUUUGUGAGCUACCCAACAGCUGGAAAUGAGCGUCUGCACUGUACCAUGAAGCGUACAGAGGAUAACCCCGAGGUGGGGGGGCCCUGCUACACUCUGUACCUGGAGUACCUAGGAGGUCUGGUGCCUAUCCUCAAAGGCCGACGAAUAAGUAAACUGCGCCCAGAGUUUGUCAUCAUGGACCCCAAGACAGAUGGGAAAACAGAUGAGAUAUAUGGCAACAGUCUGAUAUCGGCCAUGAUCGACAGCUGUAACUGCUCAGACUCCAGUGACAUUGAGCUGAGCGACGACUGGGUCGGCAAGAAAUCUCCAAAGAUAUCCAGGGGUAGUAAAUCCCCCAAACUGCCCAGAGACUUAGUUUGUCCCUUUACCAACAGGAUCAACAUUGAUCCCAGAAAAUCACCCAAACUUUCCCGCGCUACACAAGAAAUCUCCAGGUCACCGCGGUUACCUAUACGGAAACCUUCAAUUGGGUCACCCAGUCUAACACGGAGGGAAUUUCCUCUAGAUGACAUCACUCAGCAAAAUUACCUUGCUCAGGUCACAUCCAAUAUUUGGGGAACGAAGUUCAAGAUUGUGGGGCUCGCCACAUUCUUGCCAACUAAUCUUGGUGCAGUCAUCUAUAAGACGAGCCUCCUCCAUCUGCAGCCCAGACAGAUGACCAUCUACCUUCCAGAGGUGCGAAAAAUCUCCAUGGAUUACAUCAAUCUGCCUGUCUUCAGCCCCAACGUCUUCAGUGAAGAUGAAGAUGACCUGCCUGUCACAGGCCCUGCUGGUGGCACAGAUGACAACCCGCCCUGCACUGUCAACAUCCCUAUUGCCCCCAUCCAUAGUCCCGCCCAGGCCAUGUCUCCCGCCCAAAGCAUUGGUCUGGUCCAGUCUCUCCUAGCCAAUCAAAAUGUUCAGCUUGAUGUCCUUACGAAUCCCACAGCAUCCCCUGCUGGGGCCGCUGCUGGUGGGUCAGACCAAAGCCAGGACACCAUCCUGACUGCCCAGUACACAGUUCCCACCAGGUACUCCAGUCCUGGUCAGGUCAUCUUUGGGGGACUGGAAAUGAGUCGCCUAAUGGUGGGACCUCCACCCUCUCAUCAUCCUUCACAUCAACAGCAACAACAAGCAAGUCACCAACAACAACAACAACAACAACAACAACAACAACAACUACAACAACAGCUACAACACCAACAACAACAGCUACAACACCAACAACAAAUUCAGCAGCAGCAACUCCAACAGCAGCAGCAGCAGAUGAUCCAGCACCAACACCUACAACAACAGCAGCAGCUUCAGCAACAGCACAUUCAGCAGCAGCUCCAACACAUUCAGCAGCAACAUCAACAUCAGCUCCAGCAGCACAUUCAACAGCAGCAACAACUACAACAGCAGCAUCAACAAAUUCAGCAGCAACUGCAGCAACAAAUGCAUCAUCAACAACAAACACAACAGCACCACCAUCCACUUCAGCAGCAGCUCCAAAUUCAAAUCCCUGUUCCCUCUAUGGCAUCAGGACAGCCUUCAGGUACUGCUGUGCACCAGCUCCAGCCGGGGGCGCUGCAGAUACAGAUCCCUCAUCCACCUGCUGAUUUAGUGGUGGAGAGAGCUGUGGGAGGUGAACACGAGCACCUACUGAAAAUCAAAACCACUCGGUCAACUCCACAGCUGGCUGAGGGAGAUACAGUGGUGUUUAGUGCCCCUCUGGAGCUCAGCAAGAUGAACCCCCCACCGCCCUACCCCGGCACUGUGGCUGCCGCUGUGGCUGCUGCAGCAGCAGCUGCUGCUGCCUCAGCAUCAGCCUCCUCUGCAGCCUCCAAUGCUGCAUCUGGAACAGGAGGAGGCACCAGUGGGACUCCUCCCCCCGGUGACCUUUGCCUGAAGAAGGGAGAGUUCUCACUUUAUCCUUCAGGUCAGCAGCAAGCGCAGUACCCCACACCACUGGGAUAUGAGAGGAUAACAACAUUUGACAGCAGUGGGAAUGUGGAGGAAGUAUGUCGUCCUCGAACGCGCCUUGUCUGUAAUCAGAAUGUCUACACACUCCAGGGACCUGGCAGUUCUGCCACUCUCAGGGUCACUUCCUCAUCAUCCUCCUCCUCGGCUGACAAGAAGAUCCAGCUGCCCUACACCUCUGCCACACUCAACAGACUCACUGCACCUCGCUAUUCCAUACCCAGUGGAGACCCACCCCCAUACCCUGACCCAGCCAAUCAGAACAGUGCUGUUGGCAGGAACCCUGGACAGAGGCUUGACAGCAGUCUGAUCCAUGCCACUCUCAGGAGGAACAGCCGAGAGGCCGCUCUCAAAGUUUCCCAGAUGCUGGAGCCGCCCAGACCACUGCCUCCUAAGGCUAAAAAUAGUAGUGCACUAGCAGCCUCGUUCCAACAGAGGGUGCCCACAGCCUUAUACACCUGCAGUCAGUGUAGCAGUGGAUCCAGUGUUGGAGGCACUGCCCCAGGGAGUGCUAAUGGAAUAGCAGGAGGAACUAUUAUCCGGCAGGAUUUCCCUCCAGGGAAUGGGGCACCACAUAGCACAGUUAUUGUUCACUCCAAUAGCGCUACUCCUCUGGCCUCCCAGUCCUCUUACAACCUGCUGAGCUCUCUUGACGGAUCUGGGACUGCAGCAGGAGGAGGAACCAACAGAGACAGGGCUGAUUAUGUUAAUUCAGCGUUUACUGAGGAUGAAACACUGAACCAGUCACUGAGGCAUCUGGCACUCGGAGGAAAUGAUGCAUCAGGGCUGGUUGUCAAACGCCCACCUCCGUAUCAGUGGGACCCAGCUGCCACAGAGGAGGUGUGGGUUCCUCAGGAACGGACAGCAACGCUGAAUCCCACUGCCCCCCCUGGACCCCACAAACCACCGCCACUUAUUCUUAGCCCAGCUCAGCACUUGGAUGUGUCCAGGCUGCCUUUUGUCCUCUCUCCAAAGUCCCCCACCAGCCCCAGUGCUGCAUCAUUUCAAGCUGCAGCAGCAGCUGCAGGCUACCAAAUCUCUCUUCAGUACCCUCCAGCAGCUGCCUAUUCUGGAGCCCAGCUACAGUCCAUUCCAGGGUCACCACGCCCCUGCUCCUCCCCAAAGGAGGUGGUGGCACCUGUGCCCUUCUCACAGCAGGAUGCAACCCUUGUCUUACCACCUGGUUACCCUGCAAACCUGGCAAACCUUGCCUGCUGCCCUCUCCCACCCAUGUAUCCAGGAGGCAGCGCUUGUGCAGGGCUCCCCAUUCCCCCUAUUGCCCUUCACACUCCUUGGGGUACUUAUAAUUCUUGCCCACCUAUGUCCAGUCCUGCAGUGCCACUACCACCCAAAGCCUCCCACAUGGCAGUAGACAAAACUGUUCUCUCGCCUCCACCUCCCCCUCCCCCUCCUCCACCACCUCCCCCGCCACCACCAGCAGAGCUUCAGAACCAUGGAGGAUUACAAGAGGCCAUGGCAGAGGCCGGGGAAAGUUUUCAGGAGGUGCUCUCCUUGACCGAGAGCCCUGUCCCACAGCGGUCUGAGAAGUUCAGCAAGAAAAACCGCAAGCGGGCAGAUGGGCGCGCUGAGGAGGCUAACGUGCCACCGUUGGCUGAAGGGAGCAAGUCAAAAAAGGAGGGCAGAGCUCUGGGUGAUUUUAACUCACUCAUCUCCAGCCCGCGGCUGGGAGGAAGGGACAAGAAGAAGCUGAAGGGACAGAAAGAGCAGCAGCUGAAGGCUAAGAAGCUGAGUAAGGCCACUGCCAACAGUGAGUUCCAGGACAGUUCAGAAAGUGAGCCAGAGCUGUUCAUCAGUGGGGAUGAGCUGCUCAAUCAGUGCCAGAGUGGUAAGAAGGGCUGGAAGAGUAAAAGGAACUUGAGGGCUGCCAGUGAACUGGAUGAGAUCAAGUGUCGAAAGGCCAACGAGAAGGAGGACCGCGGGCUGGGCAGCCAGGGGUUUGUGUAUGUCAUGGCCAACAAGCAGCCACUGUGGAAUGAAGCCACGCAGGUCUACCAGCUGGACUUUGGUGGGCGUGUCACGCAGGAGUCUGCCAAGAACUUUCAAAUUGAACUGGAGGGCAGACAGGUGAUGCAGUUUGGCAGGAUCGAUGGCAAUGCCUACAUCCUGGACUUCCAGUAUCCCUUCUCUGCUGUGCAGGCCUUCGCAGUGGCUUUAGCCAAUGUUACUCAACGCCUCAAAUGAGAUGUCCCCUCCCUUACUUACCCUGAGUUAUAUCUGGGAAUUAAAUGCAAUCUGUUGAAGGGGCACAGUUGUUUCAUUUGAGAUUAACAAACUUUGAUUUUUGGAGAGAAGACUUAAAUCAGCCCUGGUCAUAGAGAGCGAUACAAUCAUGCUGCACUACACAAUGCUGCCACUAGAGUUGGUGCAAUAAGCAUUGGCUGCAUUUGCCAAGGAUGCCCUCAGACAUGCUCCGUUUGGCAGUCAGUGGCACCUUGCAAUGCAUGUAGGGCCAAAGAGCUGAGCUUUGGUAAUCAUCAUGCAAAUAAAUGCUGCUUUAGCUAGAAGAAGCUUGUAGACGUGAUAACCGAUUGGUUAACUCCGCGAGGAGUUGUCAAGGUGCAGUUUUCAAAAAGAAGCAGCAGUAAUACUUGAAACCCACACUCUGGAGAUCACAGUUGUUUUUUCCCAGAGCGCACAGGUACUACUGGGCACUGAAAUCCAUUGCUGUACAAACUUCAGUGAAACAGUUACCACUUUAUUAUACUGCUUUUGCUUUUAGGAUUUUAUUAAAUGACUAAACGUGGUGGAGGGUAGGAGGGUCUUUUUGUUUUCGCUCUCUGCCAUUCCUUUUGUUACUAUCUCAGUCUAUCUCGGCUGGAAUUGAGGCUUAGAUAUAUGCAUCAUUUAGGAGCACUCCUAAGAGGUCACACUUUUCACUGUGGUAAAAGGUGUGUCACUGUUAAACGCUUGGGAGUCAGUAGAUGAGGCGAGCUGCAGUCUUUUCCACAUAGUUUCCUGGGACUCUGAAGGAAGAAGAAACGUUACUCUGCUACAUGGGUUAAUUUAUAUGUAAAUUUUGUUGUUUAUCUAUUCAGAUAUGAAUUUUAACAUUAUUGUCAUUGUUUGUGAUAUACAAUCUUCAUACCCUGUCAACAUGGUUUUCAACUUACCUGCUUUAUUUGGGAGAACUGGUGGCUGAAUUUGAAUAUUGCUGUGUUGUAAUUCAGGUGGAGGAGGGAUGUGCUGAAUAGCUUUGACUGAUAUAUCCUGUACUAAGUGAAAUAUCUACAUACGGUGACACGGGCGCAAGAGAAGUCGCCAAGGCCCGGAUUAAACUCAACCUCCGGCAUGAAGUGAUUUGUCACCUGCUGUCACUUCUGUGAAGUGAGUGUGUAGUUUGGGGGGGUGGGAGGGGGUCAUCCCUGCUCUUUAAGACCACACUAAACAUGUAAGCAAGGUACAGGAAAUAUUUUUGUAUAUUUCACCUAUACCAUUUCAUAGUCUUUUCAGAAGUCAUGUAAAUACAUAUCAGUCAUGUGUAAAUGUUGUAAAGAGACUUGGGGUGACUUUGACAGAUGUCUGUUUACACCUGUCUCCACUGUGUUUUAAGUGUAACUUCAGGUGUGGAGCGACGCUGUAGUACUGUUUAACUCAACCGCUACAACCACCAAAAAAAAAAAAAAAAAGUUAACAGUUAAGCUGAAAUCAUUGUCACUGAAUCUUUGAAGUCAGAACUCCAAUGAAGGAUGAAGCUAUUGAAAUCUGUUCGUUUAGUAAGCUGACACUGAAAUCUGAAAAGCUGUCUUUUUCUUUUUCUUUUAUUCUUUCAGGCAGUCGAGCUUGUGUUUGUGUUGAGCUAAGGACACAGAGCAGGGCGCUGUGGGCAGGAGGAAAUUAUCAGGCACAUUGCAAAUAUAAGUAAAUAGGUUUUAUCUGUAUAAGAUGGUAGACAAAAUCACUAAAAAAAAAGGGCAGUGAUAUUAGGUAGGUGUGAUUAGGGUCACCUUCAACCAGAGGUGUGGACUCGAGCCACACGACUUAGACUUGACUUGAGUCACAGAUUUGAUGACUUAACGCUUGACAAAAUCAAAAAAAGAAUCGCAACUUGACUUGGACUUGAACACCAAUGACUCCUGACUUCACUUGGACUUGAGCCUUGACUUGAAGAUACUUUUUCCUGAAUCAACUAAGGUUAACGCUGUUCAUUCCCAACAAGUCGACGCUUAAUUCUUCAGAUGAUCAACGUUGUUUAAACCAAUCAGACAAGCAUCUAAUCAAGUUUCAGGAGAGAACUUUAACAGACUAACAUUAUACUUCUGAGUGCUGGUUGGGAGAAAAAAAAGAUACUUGUGAUAAUUUCGUUUGCAUGCAAAAACUACAUUGGUCAACAAAAAGUGAGUUGCAGCAUGUGAAAUAUGUGGUUCGAUAAUUACAGAGAUGCAACAACUUACAGCAAAUGUCGGUGAAGACUCUGAGUCAUCCAGGUCAUGGUAAUCAUAAGUGCUGUAUUGUAGGCAACUGGACUUGCUUGUGUUUCAUGAAGACGUUAAAGACAUUCUUUACAAGACGUUCUAACUGACUGGUGCAGAGUCUCAGGCUUUAAACUCGUUGGAGUCGUUGGUGUUGCAGCCGUGUGUCCUUUCACUGUGGAACCCAAGCUUUAGCUGUCAGGAAUGAUCCUGUGUUGCCUGCAUCUCAGAUUGAAACACAGGUGGUUCCUGUAAUCAGCCAGCUUCCUCGAUGUUCUUUCGAAUUCCCAUACCAGUCGAAGGGCAGUCUGAGUCUUCCCAAAUUGAAUGACCACAUGUUGGGAGAUUCUGACAAUGACUGUGUUGUUUAAAACCUGUGACUCCGCACCAGUCAUUUAGAACUGAAGAAGCCUCCUGGAUGAGAGGAAAAACACCUUCAAGAAAUGCAAACAAGUCCAGUUGCUUACGAUAUAGCACUUAUGAACUUCCAGCAAACUUCUUUUUAUCAAAUGAAUAAAUUAAAAUGGCAUCACAUUUGUUGACGAGUGCAUUGUGACUUGUUUAGGACUCGUAACUCAAAGUUUAGGACUUGAGACUUGACUCAUGACUUUACUUUCUAGACUUGAGUGCAAAGACGUACUUGUGACUUGGUCCCACCUCUGCCUCUAACUUUGUGCCAAAAUAUGCAUUUGCUAAAAAAUUAUAGUGGUAAAAAAUGGGCAUAGAGGGAAGUGUAACUUAAUUCUUGACUUUAAAAAAAAACGAUCACUUUGGACCGACUUUGAAUUGAUGAGAUUAUUGAAUUAUUUAGUGUGAUCUUUCAGUAUCACAACAAGAUGCAUGUCCGUCAGACGGGGGUUGUAGGGAUGGGGAUUAAAAAAAAAAAGUCUCUUCUGAUCCUAAAAAAAAGAAAAGAGCAUGUCACAGAAAAUAUCCAUCUUUUUGUGUUAGUUGUGCAAUAUUUUUUAGGGGGGAAAAAUCCUUUUGUCAUCACUUUUGACCACAGUUUGAUACCAUACUUUGAGUUCAGCAUCUCAGUUGCUGGUCUGUACAUUUUAUUUAUGAGAUUAUUUCCUGAAGGAGAUAUAGUAUCUAUACAUACUGUAUAUUGUGGAGUUUUCUGAACAUUUCUUUGUGUUGAUGAAAAUUUGUUACAAGUGUAGCCCGAGUCGUGAGCUGGGAAGAUAGGGUUGGGUCGAGGGUGGGGGCGGGGGACGGGCGACUCUUCUGUGUUUUGUGAAGUUUGCAUUGGAUGGAAAAGAUGUGAAUGAGUAAGUGCCCAGUUUAGUGUAGUCGGUAGACUAGUUAUGUAGAGUGUAACUGUCAAGUCAAGGUGUGUCUGUAUUCAACCGUGCAGUCUACCAAUCCCAUCAGUGUUAAAUCUAUUAUCUUUAAACGUGUGUGGUCAUGGCUUCUUACACAUACACACACACUUACACACACAUCGUUCACAUGAGUUCACAAGUGUAAGCCACUGAGUUCAUGUUGAGAAUUGCCUAUGGACUUAGGUUAAGGAUUCACUUUAAACUGAUUUUCUGAGAUGACCUGUUGUAGAUAUUGUAGGAUCUGGCUUUUCUUUAGAAGAGGUAUGUGCUUUGUAUUUGUAGAUGUAGACCUAAAUGACAAAAACACUUGAAAAGAACCUGAGUCUGAUUUGGUGACUGAACGUUUAUAGUGAAUGGAUAGUAAGGCAUGCCAUGUAAAUUAUUUUAUAAUUGUAUAUGUCACGCAUCUUUUGAAUAAAACGUCAUCGUUUCCGAAAAAAUGCUGUGUCUUGUCCUGUAAAUAUGUCCAGUGAUGUGUUGAAUUCAGAGAUGGUAGUGUACAAACCAGUCAGUUUACACAAGGUGGCUCUAUAGUCUCAGAGAGUAAACAUUAUGACAGGUGAAAAUAAUACUACUAUCAAGGCCCAGUUUAAUCACAUCACCUCAGUCCUCGCUUCUCUCUGUUGACUCUGCUCGUUUUAGAAUUGAUUUUAAGAUUUUAUGGAUCAUUUAUAAAGCUCAUCUGGAUCCUGCCCAAAGCUACAUAGCAGAGAUGUUGACCCCAUAUGAGCCAGUUUGCCGCCUCAGAGCCUCAGACAGUGAGAAAAAUUAAAGCUUACAUCCAAAGGUGACCAUGCUUCUGCCAUUAGGGCUGUUCUGUCUUGGAACAGCCUGAGAGAAUGGGCCGCUCAGUAAUCCAUCCAUGUGCCUGAGGAGUGCCUGACUUCUCUUAAAUCACUUCUUAAAUCCCAUCUUUAUAAACUUAUUUUUAUAUGAUGUCGUAUUUUUUAUUUUACAGUUUUAUUACUUUUAUUUGUAUAUUUAUUUUGACAUUGUAUAUCUAGAUUUUUCUUUUCUUGUUUUAACUUUAUCUUAACUUCAAUACAAUGUUGUCUCUCUCUUAUGUUUGGUAGGACUGUUUGACUUUCUGUUGUUAUUUUGCCUUCUGAGUACCCUCGUUCUGCUUUUGCUUUGUUUGUCAAAGCACAUUGUAAACUCUGUUU